CUCGACUAAUGGGUUCCUCCUCACCGGCUUUACUUCCUCUCGAAGAUUUCCACACUGUCAUCCCUCUAAACGGCUCAACUAGUUUAAUCCCAACGGUUGGCCACCGCGGAUAUGGAGACACGGUUAUACCUGGCCUUUAAGUGCCAGCACGGAUGAAAGCAAUUAUACAUUUCAAGCAGAAUCCUCAAAAUUCUAAAGAAACCAGCUUUAAUUGGAAUCCUCCAUGCAGGAGACGAGAGGAGUUGCGGAUGCAUUUUGCAGCAGCGUGUGGACAUGCAAUGAGAGGCUGCAGACAGACUGGACCUCUGUCGCCCUCACAAAGUUGUAGAUUUCUGUCUUCGUGUGCCAUUUAGGCAUCACACCAUCGUAGAGGAAUUAAUGGUGGCUCUUCUCAGGCACAUCCUGUGGUGUUGAACAGCAGACAUGGAAGGGGCGAAGAAAGAUGCCCCUCCAGGGGGUGAUGGAGGCAAGUCCGACACCCUGGGGUCAACUGGCUCGGCCAGAAAAAGAGGAGGGGGGGCCAAGAAGGCUAUGCAGGCCAACAAGUCUGCCCUCAGAGCCCCUCGUGCCCUCUGUUGCCUCACCCUCAGCAACCCCAUACGCAUGGCAGCACUGGCCCUAGUGGAGUGGAAGCCAUUUGAUAUAUUUAUUCUUCUUGCCAUCUUUGCAAACUGUGUGGCCAUGGGUGUCACCAAGCCGUACCCUGAUGAUGACUCCAACGCUACUAAUCACAAACUGGAACAAGUGGAGUAUGUCUUCCUCGUCAUCUUCACCAUUGAGACGUUCACUAAAAUUCUUGCCUACGGCUUGGUCAUGCACCCCAGCGCCUAUAUACGCAGUGGAUGGAACUUGCUUGACUUCAUUAUCGUCAUUGUCGGGCUGUUUAGUGUCAUAGCAGAGGCCAUGACCGACCACAAGCCAGGAGAGGCCCAUCAUGCCGCAGGAAAACCUGGAGGCCUGGAUGUCAAAGCUCUCAGAGCAUUCAGGGUCUUGCGACCCCUCCGACUUGUAUCUGGAGUUCCAAGUCUGCAAAUUGUGUUGAAUUCCAUCAUGAAAGCCAUGGUCCCGCUCCUUCACAUCGGCAUGCUGGUCAUGUUUGUCAUCAUCAUCUAUGCCAUUAUCGGCUUGGAGCUUUUUAUUGGCAGGAUGCACAAGACGUGCUACGCUACAAGCACAGGUCUAAUGAUUGAAGACGACCCAUCACCGUGUGCGUUCGCCGGGAGCGGACGCUUCUGUGUUGGCAAUGGGACCGAGUGCAGGGGCAAGUGGGAGGGUCCCAACGGUGGCAUCACAAAUUUUGACAACAUCUUCUUUGCCAUGUUGGCAGUGUUUCAGUGCAUUACAAUGGAGGGCUGGACAGAUGUGCUCUACUGGAUGAACGAUGCCAUUGGAUAUGAGAUUCCUUGGAUCUAUUUUGUUUCUCUCGUCAUCUUUGGUUCAUUUUUCAUCAUCAAUCUUGUAUUGGGUGUGCUGAGCGGAGAGUUUUCCAAGGAAAGAGAAAAGGCUGUGGCUCGCGGUGAGCUGCAGAAGGCGCAGGAGAGUAAACAGAUGGAGGAGGACAUGAUAGGCUACAUGGACUGGCUCAUAGAGGCGGAGGAUGUGGAUGAAGAAGGAAACAAACGAGCUGCUAUUGCCAAGAAAAAGAUGAUGAAGAAGUUUGGCUGGUACAAACACAGUGAGGAUGGAGAGUCUGACUCGGAUGAUGACAUAGCAUACCUUGAUGACGACAACGGCUGCUGCGCUUCUCUUAUGGCCAAGAUGAUGGCAAAUAGCUUCUGUGACCAGUUGUGCCAGUUGAACCACACGUUCAGGAAAAACUGCCGCGUGGCCGUCAAGACCACUAACUUCUACUGGUUGGUUCUUCUACUGGUGUUUCUCAACACAGUGGCGAGUGCCUCAGAGCAUUAUGGGCAGCCCAAGUGGCUCACAGAAAUGCAGGAGCGAGCCAAUAAGAUCCUGCUGUUGCUUUUCACACUGGAGAUGCUGAUGAAGAUGUAUGCCUUUGGGCUGCAGAUCUACUUUAUGGCUCUCUUCAAUCGCUUUGAUUGCUUUGUGGUGUGCGGUGGCAUCCUGGAGACACUGCUAGUGGAGUCGGAUUUCAUCCCACCUAUUGGCAUCUCUGUGCUCCGUUGCAUCCGACUGCUCAGAAUCUUCAAAAUGACUCGGCAUUGGGCCGCCCUGUCUGACUUGGUCAACUCUCUGCUCAACUCCAUGAAAGCUAUCUGCUCCCUUCUGCUCCUGCUCUUCCUCUUCCUCAUCAUCUUCGCCCUGCUGGGCAUGCAGCUGUUUGGAGGCAAAUUCAACUUUGAUGAAACACAGAUGAAGAGGAGCACUUUUGACUCCUUCCCUCAGGCUCUACUCACUUGCUUUCAGAUCCUCACUGGAGAGGACUGGAAUGCUGUGAUGUAUGAUGGCAUCAUGGCCUACGGAGGACCAGUCUUCCCCAAUAUGGUGGUGUGCAUUUACUUUGUCAUCCUGUUUGUUUGUGGUAACUACAUCCUGCUCAAUGUCUUCUUGGCUAUUGCUGUUGACAACUUGGCUGGAGGUGGCGGACAGAAAAAAGCAGAAGAGAAAAAAGAUGAUGAAGAAGAGUGGGAUGAUGAUGAUGAGAAAGAAGACGAGGACGCAGGGAACGAGGACGACGACUGGCAGGAGAAUGAGGAGCUGAGGGCCAUUGAGGGGCUGGAGGGAGUUGCCCCAUUAAAGCCUGAGUUCUCUGGUCCCAAAGAAAAGAUUGUGCCCAUCCCAGAUGGAAGCUCCUUCUUUAUUCUUGGGAAAAAAAAUUGCUUGCGAGUGGCCUGUCAUAACCUCAUCCAUCACCCCUACUUCACCAAUUUCAUCCUCAUUUUUAUCAUCCUUAGCAGCAUCUCUCUAGCUGCAGAGGAUCCUAUCAAAUCCCACUCAUUCAGAAACAUUGUGCUGGGUUAUGCGGACUAUGUUUUUACUUCCGUUUUUACUGUGGAGAUUGUACUCAAGAUGACCGUGUAUGGAGCUUUUCUGCACACCGGUUCCUUCUGCAGAAACGCCUUCAACCUUCUCGACCUGCUCGUGGUCAGCGUGUCGCUCACUUCUUUCUUUCUUCACUCGAGCGCUAUCUCUGUGGUGAAGAUUCUCAGAGUGCUUCGUGUGCUCAGACCUCUUCGUGCCAUCAACAGAGCCAAGGGACUGAAAAACGUGGUGCAGUGUGUGUUUGUUGCGAUACGCACCAUCGGCAACAUCUUGAUCGUCACAACACUCCUUCAGUUCAUGUUCGCCUGCAUCGGGGUGCAGCUUUUUAAGGGCAGGUUCUACAGCUGCACAGAUGAAGCCAAGCACACUCCUGAUGAGUGCAAGGGAUCAUUUGUGGUCUAUAAAGACGGGGAUAUGAACCAUCCGAUGGUGAGGGAGAGGAUCUGGGAAAACAGCGACUUCAACUUUGACAAUGUGCUGAUGGGCAUGCUGGCUCUGUUCACAGUGUCCACAUUUGAAGGAUGGCCACAGCUUCUUUACCGGGCAGUGGAUGCCAAUGCCAUAAACCACGGGCCAAUUUACAACUACCGAGUAGAAAUCUCCAUCUUUUUCAUCAUCUAUAUCAUCAUCAUCGCCUUUUUCAUGAUGAACAUUUUUGUGGGUUUUGUCAUUAUCACCUUCCGAGAACAAGGGGAGGCUGAAUUCAAAAACUGUGAACUCAACAAAAACCAGCGCCAGUGUGUCUACUAUGCCUUGAAAGCUCAACCUAUAAAAAUUUACAUUCCCAAAAAUCCCUCCCAGCUCAAAUUCUGGAGGAUAAUAAACUCCAGCCAGUUUGAGUAUGUCAUGUUUGUGUUGAUUCUGGGCAACACGCUCACUCUGGCGGUGCAGCAUUACGAGCAGUCCAAACUCUUCACCUCCGUUAUGGACAUCCUCAACAUGAUCUUCACUGUGGUGUUCACCAUUGAGAUGAUCAUCAAGUUACUGGCUCUUCGGGCUCAUCACUAUUUUAUUGAUCCAUGGAAUUCCUUUGACGCUUUAAUUGUAGUGGGGAGCGUGUUGGACAUCGCAGUCUCUGAGUUUAGUGGAGGGGGAGGCCACGGUGAGGGAAAAGGCGAAAGCGGAAAGGUUUCCAUCACUUUCUUCCGUUUGUUUCGAGUGCUGCGAUUGGUCAAACUGCUCAGCAAAGGAGAAGGUAUUAGAACCCUCCUGUGGACGUUUGUCAAAUCCCUCCAGGCUUUACCUUAUGUUGGUCUGCUGAUCGCAAUGAUCUUUUUCAUCUAUGCUGUGAUAGGCAUGCAGACAUUUGGAAAAGUGGCCAUUGAUGACGACACACAUAUUAACAGAAACUGCAAUUUUCAGACUUUCUUCAUGGCUGUACUGGUGCUAUUCAGGUGUGCCACUGGAGAGCAGUGGCAGGAGAUCAUGUUGGCCGCCUUACCCGGCAGACGCUGCGACCCAGAGUCAGACACGGAGCCUGGUGAAGAGUUCUCCUGCGGCAGCAACUUGUCCUACAUCUACUUCAUCAGCUUCUUCAUGCUCUGCGCUUACUUGAUUAUCAAUUUGUUCAUUGCUGUCAUCAUGGACAACUUUGAGUACCUGACAAGAGACUGGACAGUACUCGGUACCCACCACCUGGACGAGUUUAAGAGAGUUUGGUCGGACUAUGAUCCAGAAGCCACCGGUCGCAUUAAGCACAUAGAUGUCAUCACUUUGCUGCGGAGAAUUCAGCCACCUUUAGGUUUUGGAAAACUGUGUCCUCACCGUGUUGCUUGCAAAAGGUUGGUUUCUAUGAAUGUUCCACUGCACCCUGAUGGGACAGUCACCUUCAACGCCACCUUGUUUGCUCUGGUGCGAACUUCCCUUAAGAUCAAGACCGAAGGACCCAUCGAUCAGCAGAAUGAAGAACUGAAGCUCAUCAUCAAAAAACUCUGGAAGCGGACCAAGCCUAAGCUCAUAGAUGAACUCAUUCCUCCCCCUAGAGGGGAUGAGGUGACUUGUGGCAAGUUUUAUGCCAGCUUCUUGAUUCAGGACUAUUUCAAAAAAUACCGCAAGAGAAAAGAGAGGGAAAGAAAGUCUAAAAGGAAGGACAAGGCGGCUUCCCUUCAGCAAGGGCUGCGCACACUUCAGGAUCUGGCUCCAGAGAUGCGUCUGGCUAUGGCGUGCGACCUGGAAGAGGAGGAGGGUGUAGAUGGAGAUGAGAUAUUCGACAGUGAGCGGGGAACCUCUGCCCCCACCACGCCUGCCAGCACGCCGAUGCCGCCCCUAGAAGUGCUGGUACAGCAGACCGCUGUAGUUGUCGAACCAGACACCAAAGGGGGUGUGAUCACUGAGCAGGUGACGGGCCAACAGGAAAAACCUGGAUCAGAGCUGGCAGAAGUGAGCGUUGUCACAGAGCAACCAGUGCGGUCCACGCCCCUGCCCAUCAGGGCGGAAUCCAUCAGCGACCUGCAUCUCCCUCCUCCUCCAGAAACUCCAGUCGAAUCUGAGUUCAUAGCUCCUGAGGCAACUACAUCUACAGUGGCUGAGCCGUUUUAUAGCAAUGAGGGAGAUGCUGCAAGUCUUGCAUUUGUAGACCGGUAUGCAUAUCCUGAGGCCGCUUCUCCCUUACCACCUGAGCCCGCCUCUCCUUUACCACCUGAGCCAGCCUACAACAAUCAGAGCCUUGAACGAGCCAGCAGCGCUGGCGAGAUGUCAUGUGACCCUCACAAUGCCAAUGGCUUCAGUAAUGGUUACAAUGGAACCACCACCAUGAACGGAGACAGUGUUGCUGGGAGCCCCUACCCAACCAACGAAUACACCGGCAAUGGAUACUCGGCUUACAAUGAAAACGGGAGCAUCAUCAGCACAAAUGGCAACAGUAGCGCUGUGAGCGGAGGUUACACAGGGAACGGCUACAAUGGAGAUGAGAGCAGUGGCACACAGUUUGUUCGGCGAAGGCUCCUUCCUUCCAUACCGAAAGGUCGCAAGCCCGCCUUUAACUUCCAGUGUCUGAGGCCACAGAGCAGUGGGGACGACCUUCCCAUCCCAGGAAACUAUCGAGGCAACACAUCCCCAUCCAGAUCUCGCCUUCAGACCCAGCCAAGCCUGGACUCCCGCCGCAGUAGUGUGUCUUCAUUGUCAUCCGUCUCUUGGGCCAACACAACGGCAGCUGGCAACACCCCCGCUCCCGGAUUGAUCGCCGCCUCAGGACGCCGGGGCAAGCUGAUCUACACACCUAUGAUCCUGGUGGACGAGGCCACAGGGACCAGCCAGCCACUGUGGAGCGAUGGCUCAGCCAGUCUUCCUGCGGGAAGCCAUCCCAGCUGGUACUCUGGUCAGAACAGGGCCGGCAGCUUGAGGGUGCCACCGGCCAACCAGGGCUUUGUGGACAAAGGCAGUGCAGACAGUCUGGUGGAGUCGAUCCUGAUCUCCGAGGGUCUGGGAAUUUACGCCAAGGACCCAAAGUUUGUGAAUUUUGCCAAGCGGGAGAUCGCUGAAGCUUGUCACAUGAGCCUGGAUGAGAUGGAGAGCGCUGCUGCUGACCUGAUCGCUCGGGGAGCAAGCCAUCGAAUUUCCCGCUUUGAGGAUGAGCUGGCUGAUGAAAUGAACUGUGUGAUUUCUUACUGAGAUGAGAAAAUACCUGUGAGAAUAUGAGAGGUAUUUUCUGUCAUUUAAAAGGGUGAAAUAAUUUUUGGGGGGUUUCUAUCAGCUGUUGCUCUUGCCACAAACAUUCAAGGAUCACAGUGGCAGCCUGUGUGUGGACCCAACAAAGACCUUUAUGUACAUUAUAAAUGUUUUAUAAUAAUUAUUUUGCAAUUUUUGCAUGGGCAUCUCAUUUUGUACUGCACUUGAAUGGCCACUUUACAUACUGUUAUGUUGCUAUGUUACUUGUUAAGGCAAAUCUGUUUUAUGCUUUAUUCUUUGGACUAUUGAUGGAUCUGUGGACUCACACAUCCAUCAGAGGACACUCCACUUCCAGUAGUAGCAUUAGCAAAUUAUUGCAUUUGUGCGUGCAAAUUAAUAGCAACAAUUCUGGGGAUUUUUGUGUCCAGCAUACUCAAAUAAAGCAGUGAGUUUUCUCUUA